AUGCCCAUCUCCUCACUGCUCCUCGCACCUGCCGUUGCCGCUGCCGCUGCCGCUGCCGCUGCUGCUGCUGCUUCGGCUGCACCUGAUGCCUCAUCCGGCAGCCGGCUGCCAGCUGCCGUCUGCACAACCAUCAUGCCCACCUCGGUGAUCUGCAAUAGCAUCGCCAAGCCGCCAGCGCCGCAUGUGCGGGCCACGUACUCCUUACUGUGCCACAUACAUGAAUGCCUAAUGCUACUGCGCAUGCUGUCCGCACAGGCAGGUCUACCAAUGCCUGCCAAUCAUGACUGCUCUGCCACAUGUCCCAAUUCACAUGCGCAUCAUGGACUGCGCAAAGCAACAACAACAACAACAACAACAUGUACAUACAAUUGCAUUGCCUGACGCACUGCUAACUACUGCUUCUGCUGCCUUCAUCUACAUAUAUGUAGGUGCAGACAGCGGGGCAUGUGGAUGUGCGCCUGCAGUAUGCACAAGUUCCCACUGGCAUCAUACUGGUUAGAGUAGACAAACCUGAUUCAUGCGAUACGUCACUUCCUGUCGCCAGGCUCAGGCCCUCACUCGGCGUUACUAAAAGGAAGAAAGCCAUUUAAGACUAUGUGAAUGCCAGACAAAUUGCUAUGCCUCGGCCAACAGCAACUGCCACAGCAACAACAACAACAACAUCAUCAUCAGCAUCAGCAUCCAGCCCGACUGUCAUAUUUCCACCACAAUCCCACCUCAUUACCUCUGCUCACUAUGUGACAAUCAUGCAAGGCAUACCUCAGUUGCACUUAGUAGACAUUCGGCACAACCAUCCUCAAGCGCAAUGCAACCGACCAAUCCAUCUCUAAUCACACAAUGCCCAUCUCCUCGCUGCUCCACGCACCUGCCGUUGCCGCUGCCGCUGCCGCUGCUGCCGCUGCUGCUGCACCUGAUGCCUCAUCCGGCUGCCGGCUGCCGGCUGCCGUCUGCACAACCAUCAUGCCCACCUCGGUGAUCUGCAAUAGCAUCGCCAAGGCCGCCAGCGCCGCAUGUGCGUGCCAAGUACUACUUACUGUGCCACAUACAUGAAUGCCUAAUGCUACUGCGCAUGCUGUCCGCACAGACAGGUCUACCAAUGCCUGCCAAUCAUGACUGCUCUGCCACAUGUCCCAAUUCACAUGCGCAUCAUGGACUGCGCAAAGCAACAACAACAAAAACAACAACAACAACAACAACAACAACAACAACAACAACAACAACAUGUACAUACAAUUGCAUUGCCUGACGCACUGCUAACUACUGCUUCUGCUGCCUUCAUCUACAUAUAUGUAGGUGCAGACAGCGGGGCAUGUGGAUGUGCGCCUGCAGUAUGCACAAGUUCCCACUGGCAUCAUACUGGUUAGAGUAGACAAACCUGAUUCAUGCGAUACGUCACUUCCUGUCGCCAGGCCCAGGCCCUCACUUGGCGUUACGAAAAGGAAGAAAGCCAUUGAAGACGGUGUGAAUGCCAGACAAAUUGCUAUGCCUCGGCCAACAGCAACAGCAACAGCAACAACAACAUCCUCAUCAGCAUCAGCAUCCAGCCCGACUGUCAUAUUUCCACCACAAUCCCACCUCAUUACCUCUGCUCACUAUGUGACAAUCAUGCAAGGCAUACCUCAGUUGCACUUAGUAGACAUUCGGCACAACCAUCCUCAUGCGCAAUGCAACCGACCAAUCCAUCUCUAAUCACACAAUGCCCAUCUCCUUACUGCUCCACGCACCUGCCGUUGCCGAAGACGCUGCCGCUGCUGCUGCUGCUUCGGCUGCACCUGAUGCCUCAUCCGGCUGCCGGCUGCCGGCUGCCGGCUGCCGGCUGCCGUCUGCACAACCAUCAUGCCCACCUCGGUGAUCUGCAAUAGCAUCGCCAAGGCCGCCAGCGCCGCAUGGGCGGGCCACGUACUACUUACUGUGCCACAUACAUGAAUGCCUAAUGCUACUGCGCAUGCUGUCCGCACAGGCAGGUCUACCAAUGCCUGCCAAUCAUGACUGCUCUGCCACAUCUCCUAAUUCACAUGCGCAUCAUGGACUGCGCAAAGCAACAACAACAACACCAACAACAACAUGUACAUACAAUUGCAUUGCCUGACGCACUGCUAACUACUGCUUCUGCUGCCUUCAUCUACAUAUAUGUAGGUGCAGACAGCGGGGCAUGUGGAUGUGCGCCUGCAGUAUGCACAAGUUCCCACUGGCAUCAUACUGGUUAGAGUAGACAAACCUGAUUCAUGCGAUACGUCACUUCCUGUCGCCAGGCCCAGGCCCUCACUUGGCGUUACUAAAAGGAAGAAAGCCAUUGAAGACGGUGUGAAUGCCAGACAAAUUGCUAUGCCUCGGCCAACAGCAACUGCCACAGCAACAACAACAACAACAACAUCCUCAUCAGCAUCAGCAUCCAGCCCGACUGUCAUAUUUCCACCACAAUCCCACCUCAUUACCUCUGCUCACUAUGUGACAAUCAUGCAAGGCAUACCUCAGUUGCACUUAGUAGACAUUCGGCACAACCAUCCUCAUGCGCAUUGCAACCGACCAAUCCAUCUCUAAUCACACAACGCCCAUCUCCUCACUGCUCCACGCACCUGCCGCUGCCGUUGCCGCUGCCGCUGCCGCUGCUGCUGCUUCGGCUGCACCUGAUGCCUCAUCCGGCUGCCGUCUGCACAACCAUCAUGCCCACCUCGGUGAUCUGCAAUAG